AAAACAAAGAGCUAAUGCACUCAAGGAGUCUUCAUGAAGGACGAUAAAUAAUGGGUUAUAAAGAAGGCUUAAUUGGGAUGCAACUCAAUGCCUGUCUCCUCCACCAAACCCAUCAAAUGUGCGAAUAUUUGGUAGGUGAUGAAUCUAACGGAUUUCUAAAAGAAUGAAAUAUUUUCGUGUUUACGUUGUAAUUGCCUCGCUGCUUCUCCUCGUAACAGCUUUGUUAUUCUGCAUCAAUCUGUAUCCUCGUCCAUCCCUCGAUGUUUUUCCCAACGUCCUUCCUCAGCCUAAUGGAAAACUGGAGCGUGAGCUGACAUUUUUAUAUCGCAAUGUUGAAUCUUUUGUGCUCUUCGUUGGACAUCCAAGAAGCGGUCAUAGUUUGGUGGCUGCCAUUUUAGAUUCCCAUCCAGAAAUAAUUAUUUCGAAUGAGUUUAAUCUGCUUUAUAAGUUUGACAGUUUCUUUAAAAAUCCUAGCCAAACAGACGAUGAGCGCAAGCUGAGGAUAUUCUAUGACUUACAUACUCGCUCGCGCCGACAGGCCAUGUUUGGAAGUCGUUCGUCAAUUUGCGACAGCUCCGUAUCCUACUGCUACAACAUUAAAGGUGGCUGGCAAGGUGAUUGCAAAAGUAAACUUAAGGUAAUUGGAGACAAAAAAGCAUCUGUAACUACCGCACGUUUGCAUCACGAAAAAGGGCUUCAUGAUUUGCGAAAACUGGAGAAAGUGGUGGGAAUUCCAAUCAAACUGAUUAACGUCAUCAGAAAUCCAUUUGAUAACAUUGCCACUAUAUGUAGAAGGAGACUAGGUGUUAACCCUAGAAGUCAUCAAAUAGUACGCAACACAACAGCGUUGGACUUUUGCAUCGAUGUUUACUUCAACAAAGUGUGGACAGUUCAAUAUCUGCGUGAUCUGAGUCACUACCAGAUCCUGAAUGUAUGCAGCCGAGAUUUGCUGAAAAAUCCACGACGCACUUUACAAAUUUUAUGUGACUUUGUCGGUGUUUCUUGUUACAGUGAAUUUGUCGAAUUAGCUACAAGAGAUCUCUAUUCCAAGUCAUCUCGGUCUAGGUAUUUGAUAGAAUGGAGUAACGAACAGAAAGAGAAAGUCAUGAAAGAAAUCCAGAAAUAUAGCUUUUUGAAAUCUUUAUUUUCGUUUGACAGUGAUUAGUGUCACCAUUAAACUUUGACGCUUAUCUCAGACACGGUCUGAGGUAUGUUUGCAUCGCUUAUUUGGACCUAAGUAAUAAAUACGAGAAAAAUAAAAAAGAGUUUAACAAAACAACUUUAAAACAUGUUUAAGUUUUGGUGUGAACGGGAUCUAACACUGCCGGACAAAGGUAGCUAACUAUAAGUUUUUCAGUUCCGAAAUUGGUGAUCCUUGCACUAUGCAGGACACUCAUUGCUUGUGAACUCAAUUUGUUGUCUGACUCCACAAGUAUGACUUCCAUAUAUAUCGAGUUCUCAACGGCUCGUUUCUCAGAAUAUAUUGAAAUCCAAACACCUGC